AUCCAAUAGACGCCAAUUGAAAAAUAUAAAUUUGGAUAAGAAUUUAUCGUCCAAUCAUAUAACGCAACUGAUUUAAGGUGGACCGGAAAUUUCGAAUCGAGAGCCAACUUCAGUGUCCCGAGAAAAUAUGUCAUCCCAGCCGUCGCCCCCCCGCCCAUUCCUGAUUUCCUCUAUUACUGCUGGAACUGUAGGAGAGAGGUUAUGUGGAGUAGGUUAUGGUUUGGGCAUACAGGACUAAAUUCAUCACUGAAAUUGAUUGGUAGACAUGAAACAGGGUUACGUGAUGAGUGCUUAGUGGACAAAAUGGUCGAGCAUGUGCUGAUGUUUUGUAAAUUAUAUAAUCUAGAUGGGUAGAGGUUGUUUGAGAGGGUCAGAGAAACUGGGCGGGGAUGGGGUAUAUGUGGGAUAUUAGGGGGAGGAAAGGGGAAAGAGGUGGUGGGUAAUGCUCUUAGUUUUCUCAGAGUAACAGGAUUAGUGCCUUUUAGUUUUGCUAUCAUUUGGCUAUAAUUAUGUAGGCUUCAGGAUUUUUGCUUAUAAUCAGCCAUGGUGCUGUGCCACGGAAAGAUCUAGAGCAUUACUGUAACAUGAAUCCCCAAAAUCAAAUACAUUUAAAUGUGGUCACUGACAACACUCGAUACAACUUUCUGAAAAAUAAUCUCCACAAUGCACACGAUGACAUCUAUAAUACCGUAUGCAGUGUCAUCCGAAGUUUGGGAAAAAAAAGCCCAUCUAAUCUUGCACACCUCAUCACACCAGCUGUGUAGGCUACCCAAUCAAUUUACAGAUUUAGUGCACGGUUGCUUAAAUUUCACAAGUAGAUCAAAGCAAAGAGACAGUGGGGAUCAAAAGUCUGAGGACAAAACCAAGUUCUGGUUGUGUUCAUUAUUUAUGAAGGAAUAAUGUAAUGUAAGAAUACAUUGUUUUAACACAUAUCCGACACUUGUGUAUGAAAUGGGAAGCUGCGUAGAUAUUUUGUUCAUCCACCAUACGCUAAGUGUUUCUCUAUUUGUUUUCACACUGUGUUUCAUUCAGUGUGUUCCUAUGGCUCAAUAUCCAAAUAUCUGGGCUGUUAACUAAAACAUACUGCGGAAAAGUAAGGCUAUAUGAAUAAUGAUGAAUAAUAGCAUAACUGUGGGUGUCUUCAGACUUUUGGUUCCCAUGCACUGUAUGUUGCCGCUUAGUUUUUAAAUAAAAACUACUUCAGCUUUUUGGAGUGCUCUCACAUGUAUUAUGCAUAAAGUGAUUCAUUUAUUUUAUGUACGCACAUAGCCUACCACUAGAAAAAACACUGAAUUUGUCACCCUCACCCACAUAAAUCUAUUUACAAUGUUAGUAAUAGCGUAUAAGUUGCCCAGCUUGUCUGUUUAUUCAUACCGCAUUUUGUAGAAGGCCUAAUGUUAUUAGCAAUAGGUAGCAUUUAGCCGAGUAGCCUAACUUGACUAGUUAUACGAAGUGCUGUCAUUGUGCCGAGCGGGAGUGAAUUUGAUGGGGAAAGUAAGUUUUUACCUUCAAUCUCUACCUUCAAAAAAAAAAAAACUAUUUGCUUUACCCCAGAUAUAAUGGGACCCGUGUCAUCCAGAAAGUUCCAGUUUGUCUCAUCUGACCAUAGAACAUUAUCCCAAAAGGCCUGGGGUCCAUGCAGGUUCUUUUCUUUGCAAAUAUGAGAUAAGCAUUGAUAUUUAUCUUGGUUAGCAGUGGUUUCCACCUUGCUACUUUCCCAUGAAUUCCAUUUUUACUGAGUCUCUUUCUUGUUGUGGAGGCGUGAACACUGACCAAAGCUGAGGCGAGUUCUUUGGAUGUCCUUGGGAUCUUUUGUGACUUCCUGGAUGAGUUUUCCUUGGAGAACUUUUGGCAGACCGGCCACUCAUGGGAAGAUUCACCUUUGAUUAUGGCAUAAUGUGCUUGUAGAAACUUUGUGACAACUUCACUCUGAUGCCCUGCUGGCAGCAUCUCCAGUCUACUCUGUGUGCAUGUUUGUGAACAUCGGCCAUUCCGUCACUCUGCCCUGCCGUGGAGCCCCCAGCAGGAAUGUGAAGUGGCGCUUUCAGCAGUAUGGGUAUCCUGACUGGCUGGAUGUGGCUGAUCUCUACACCGGAUCCUUUCUCUCUGGAAACGGCUUCCAGGGACAGGUGGAAUCCUUCUACUUAAAAGAGCCGGGAAACUACAGCCUCCUCCUCAGUCCUGUGGUGUACAGUAACCUCGGCAUUUACAAAUGCCAGUACUACAAUGAUGAGAUCAUUCUUUCAGAUGUGAAACUAGAAAUUAGAGAACCAUCAAAUGUUUCCGUAGCGAUGGGAAUGUCUGCCAGUCUUCCUUGUUUUGGGAAAAUUAAUAUACAAGCGCGUGCUGUUGAUCUGGAUAUCCUCUGGAAGAGAGGUGGAGAGAACGUUUACCAGCUCCUUAAGAACACCACCACAUAUGGGCCCAGGUUCGAGAACAGAGCUUCAGUUUCCCCAGAACAAGCCCUCUAUGGAAACAUGUCUUUCACCAUCAGACAGACACGGUUUUCAGAUGAAGGCGACUACCAGUGCUUCUACAACAGUCCAAAAGAGAGGGGGAAUCCAGAUUCUGCCAGUCUGGUUGUGACAGGCCACCCACCCCAGACCCUCACAGUGAAGGCCGGUGGUUUGCUCUCCAUACCGCUCUAUACCGCAGGCCCAGUGAGGGUAACAUUCAGUGCAGGCCUUGGUUCAGAUGAGGUGCUGAUGCUCGAUGCAAAUAAAGGCCCAGCCAGGUAUGGGGAUUGUUGUGCUCAGAGAUGUGAGCUUCUGGCCCAGGAAUACACCCUUUUGCUGAGGAGUGUGACACUGGAGGAUGCCGGAGUCUACAAGGUGACCGAUCCUGAGACUAAGAAGACCAUCGGCUCUGUCUCUCUGGAAGUCUCAGGACGCUCUGCUGGAGCAGUGGCUGGGAUAGUGGUGGGAGUGCUGGUUCUGGCUGGCAGUGCCUUUGCAGUCUGGAAGUUCUUCAUAAAAAACACAAAAAACCUUCGAAAUUUAGUUCGUUUCCGUGCAGCCAGAACAGAAGAUCACUAAGGUUCCAGCUGCAGAGCAGCGUGCGUUCUGUUUCCUGAGAGCCCUGAACCCCCUCUCUCUGUGUCCUGUGACAAUGUCGAAUCGCAAAAGUCAAAGGAACGUAACUGAAGCUGAACCGGAGUUCGUAACUAUGGACACACUCAAAGAAAUGUUGGAUCAACAAAAGACUAUCUAUGAGGAGGUAUUAAAAAGGCAGGAGGCGUCAUUUAGGUGCUUCACACAAAUGAUCCUGGAUUCGACCAACAAAAGGAUUGAUGGAAUUGUGAGAGAGUUACAGGACUUGAGUAACAGCCUAAAAUACUCUCAGAAGGACAUUGACGAAAUAAAAGCAACGCAGGCUGUGGGUAAAAAUGCUUUUAAGGACUUAGACAAACUGGUAAAGCAACUUCACUCCACUCCGGUUCAGUCUAAUAUCCUCCUUGAGCGUCUCGAUUAUUUGGUGAACCAAAGCCGAAGGAAUAACAUUAUAAUUGAUGGAAUAACUUCGGAUCAUGCAGAGGAAUCGUGGGCUGAGACUGAGAGCAAGGUGCGUGAACUGUUAACCACCAAGCUGAAAAUGGAGGCCAACUCAAUUCAGAUCGAACGAGCCUAUAGAAGGGGUAAAUUCAGACGAGAUGCUGAAAGACCCCGAGGCAUCGUAGUGAAGCUUCUGCGUUUUAAGGAUAAGAAACUCAUUAUGGAAAAGGCAAGAGCACACCUAAAAAACAACCUCGGUGUAUAUAAAUGAGGACUUUUCCGAACGGCUGAGGAAGAAAAGAGCUGAACUUUUGCCUGCGAUGAGAGAAGCCAGAGCAAUAAUCGAUAACGAGUUGCCUAUUGACACAGCAUCAUAUAGUAGCUAAUAUCAUUAUCUCAGAUAAAAAAACAAAUGUGUGAUGCAUUCAAUAACCAUUUUAUUUUGGCUGGUUAUUUAUUUGAGAAUACAGCGAUGU